GAAACGGAGCAGUCGCGCCACUUGCUCUGCCAAGCUUUAAAAUAAUAAAACAACAAACAAUGCUCUCACUUCGGUACUCAACAGACAAAGAAAACAGCACCUUGGGCGCAACCUCUCCCCUCUGUCUCUCUCGCUCUCUGAUCCAAUCAGGAUGCUUCCUCUCUCCUCCCCAGAAGCUCCCAUGAACCCUCUCAAAACCUUUGCUUUCUUCAAAAAUUCAAAUUCCUCUCCCUUUGUAUAUAUACACAGUUCCCUGCUUCACUUCCCCUACCUCGCUCCCAUCUUCCAUACUCUCUUUCUCCCUCUCUCUCUCUCUCUAUCUCUCUCUCUCCUCAUACUCUGUUUUUCUUUCUCUCUUAAAUUUGAAGGUUUAAUCAAUUUGGGUGUAGUUUGGAUUUUGAAGCUUGAAUCUCUCUUGCUCUGUCUUCCUGUGAAUGGCAUCAGCAGGAGAAGCUUCGACUCUUGAGCUCAUAACCCAGUUCCUCCUCAACGACUCUGCUGGAAUUACAGAGAAUUUCUUCAUCGACGACCAAACCAGUACAAUUUUCAAAUACCCACAAGCUGAAGCCACCGGAAGAGCUUCUCCUGCCGCGAGUAAUCAUGUCUCGAGGCCUCAAUUAGCCGACCCAGUUCCUGUUAAUCCGCCGAAACCGGUGGGUUUGAGCAACCGCCGGCCGCCGUUGAACAUUUCCAUUCCAGCUGAGAACAGACAGGAGUGGCUGAUUAAGUUCAGCGGGAAUCCGGCUUCAGCGGCGGCACCAGCGGCCAGCGAUCGGGAUUUGUCUGAUUCCGGCGACAGGAGGCAUUACAGGGGCGUCCGGCGACGGCCGUGGGGGAAAUUUGCCUCCGAGAUUCGCGACCCACAGCGCAAGGGCGCGAGGGUUUGGCUCGGGACUUACGACACCGCCGUCGAAGCAGCGAAGGCUUACGAUCGCGCAGCGUUCAAGAUGCGGGGAAGGAAAGCGAUUCUCAAUUUUCCCGAUGAGAUCGGGACCUCGACGGAAACCGACAAAUCGGUCGACAACGGCCGGAAAAGGCAGAGGGAGUUUGAGAGCGAAGAGGGAAGGAAUGUGGAGGUGAAGGAGCUGAAGAGGGAGUCGCCUGAAUCUGAAAAUAUAACAGCCGCGACAGCGACAGCAGCGCCGGCGGGGGGUCCGUUAACGCCGUCAAAUUGGGCGGCCGUUUGGGAUUCCGCAGACGGAAAGGGAAUAUUUAACGUCCCCCCGUUGUCGCCGUUAUCGCCGCAUACGUCGUUAAUGUAUUCUCAGCUUAUGGUCACCUGAGGGUUAACGGAUUUAAACAGAAUUACGAACUAUCUGACGGCGCCGCAGUCUCAGAUAUUGCCACGUUUAGAAUUAGCCGAAAAAAAAAAUAAAAUUAGUAAGGCAUAGGAUAGCAGUGUGAAGUGUGUUUUGACGUUGUACAGGACUUGAAGUGUGCCAGCUAUAUGUGUUUUUUUCAAAAAAAUACAUACUGAAUUUGUUUAUUUAA